AUGUUUACUACAAAGUACCCAUCUGGUAAUGAUAAAAGAAAAAGAAAGAAAGAGGAGGAGGAAGAAAAAAUUAAACCAUUAAAGGGAUCGCUUCAAAAACUUUGGAAGAAAACCAAACAGUCUGAUGUGCCUAUAGAAAAAGACGAGUCUGAAAUUGUAGAGAAGGAGGUGUCUCAAGUUCAAAGUACUUUUACACAAGAACAUGAAGUAGUUGAUGAAGAGUGUGCUAAUGAAAUAACUGAACAAGAAACCGAAGUGAUUGAAAAUGAGGUCAUCGAAAAUAGAGAAUACACUAAUCCUAGUGAGUUUGUUCCUCUGUCUUGGAAUAUUUGUGAUCCUCGGGUGUGGGAUGGAUUAGAUAGUAAUAUGAGGGAUUUGCUUGUUGAAAAGGGGCCUAUUAAAGAAAAUAUUGUUAUUUUUCCCAAGGAUAAAUGCAUGAUAAAAACUGCUCGAUCUAAAAGCAAUUUAGCAAGUGUGGGAGUAGAUGACUGGGUACAUUUAGGUGAGAAGCUGAAGCAACACGAAGAUAGUCUUGAACAUCUUACUAACCUGAAGGCAUGGGCAGAACUCCAAGUUAGAUUGAAAACAAAUCAAACCAUUGAUAAAGAAUUGCAAGAGCAAAUUAAAAAAGAUACUGAACACUGGAGGCAUGUUAUGAUCAGAAUAAUUGCUGUUGUUAAACGCCUUGCAAUGAAUAAUCUGGCAUUUCGUGGGGAAAAUGAAAAAAUAUUUGAAGAUUCGAAUGGUAAUUUUUUGGGUUUUCUUGAGUCAAUAGCUGAGUUUGAUCAAACAAUGCAGCACCAUUUCAGACUCAUUCAAGACAAGGACAUUCACUAUCAUUAUCUUAGUCACAAAAUACAAAAUGAUUUGAUAUUAAUGUUGGCUUCGAGUGUAAAGAGUGUGAUUUUAAAGAAAAUCAAGGAAGCUAAAUAUUUUUCAGUAAUUCUUGAUUGCACUCCUGAUGCAAGCCGUAUGGAACAAAUGACUUUGGUGAUUAGAUGUGUUGAUGUUGUGAGUUAUCCUGUAAAAAUUGAAGAGUAUUUUUUAGAGUUCUUGAAUGUGGAAAAUACUUCUGGGUUGGGUCUGUUUGGUGAGUUAGAAAUUGCUCUUAAAUCUCUUGAUUUAAAUAUCAAUGAUGUGAGGGGACAAGGGUACGAUAAUGGUUCUAAUAUGAGGGGAAAACACCAAGGUGUUCAAAAAAGAUUACUUGAUGUUAAUCCGAGAGCUUUUUAUAUGCCUUGUGGUUGUCAUUCUCUUAAUUUGGUACUAUCUGAUAUGGCAAAUUCUUGUGUGAAAGGUAAAUCUUUUUUUGGAGCAUGUCAAGCUUUAUAUAAUGUGUUUGCUAAUUCCACUAAGAGAUGGAAUCUAUUGCUUGAAUAUGUGGAUGACUUGACUUUAAAAUCUUUAUGUGUGACAAGAUGGGAAAGUCGGAUCGAAAGUGUUAAAACAAUAAGAACUCAAGCUCCAAAAAUAAGAGACACAUUAAUGAAAUUAGCUGAAGUUUCUGAUGACCCAAAAAUAUGA